AUGCGCCAUCUCGACGGCGUGCGCGUGGCGCUCAAGAGCAACGGCCAAGAUCUGACGGAGUACAGCAAUCAAUACUGCAAAAAGACCUUUUAUCUUGAUCGGUCUAUCGGUAGUCGCAGCGUCAUACUUCCCGCCGGCUCGCAAUUCGAAGUGCUCCUCGAGCUUGACCGGUCGUUCAAGCUCCAAAAUGCAAGUGGCGUCAGCGUAGUCAUUGCUUUCCACCCAGAUUACUACGCUCAGCAGGGCACUGAGUACGCCCAAGUGUUCUGGAUCCCACUCAAACCAGCAACACUUGGGUCUAAAUACACUUUCGGGCACACUAUGGUAUGGCAUGACGGCGUUCAAGCAGCACAGCUCUUUCCCUUAAAAAUGCCAGCGCCAGCGAAACGACCACAAAAUGCAAGCGACGAGUGGCUGAAGGACCCAGUCUACCAGGCGAACCACGGCUGUGUAUCCGUACAUGUCCAGCGUGGGAAAGUCGAUCUUCAAAGGGCCGCUCGCGAGCGUAUCGAGGACUUCAAGAGUUCCAAAACCAAUGUCGAGCCUAGACGUAACGCUCUCCAAAGCAAUUUCGAGCAAUCGUAUCCUAUCCGCCUAAGUUGGUUCUUCUCGAAGGGCGGAAAACAUGGCGAGCCCUACGUGUUCGAAUUCCGCAAUCUUCGCCCACAUGAAGUCGACUAUACUACGGCUGGCGAGCUGAACUUCAAGGAGGCAGAACUAUACGACUUCGACGCUACUGAGAAGAACAGUCUUGCUGACGAGGACACCGGAUUUGAACAGUCCGAUUCAGGAGAAGAGGAGGCAAUCAUUGAUCAUCGCAGAACUCUGUCUACUGAAGAUGGCUCGCCUGUGAAAUACACCCGGAAGCUGAGAGCUCGAGCCAACGCGCGUCAGCGAAUUAAUUACCGCGAGAUUUAUCCCUCUUCGGACGAGGAGUCUUCGGAUGAGGACGACGAGGACGACGAGGAAGAUGACAUAUCACUAUGCGGCUCCGAGAACGAAGUAUCGGGCACCGCCAUCCUGUCCGAUGCUGCUGCGAGCAAGUCGAAACAAGGUUCUAAGACCGACAUUCAAGGCUCGAAGAGAUUGACUGCACCGAAAGCGCGAAGCAAAGGCAAGCAGAGCCUUCGCGGCCUGGGCCGCGAUGAUCUCCGGCUGAAAACUCUAUCCCGCUUGCCAAUGCCACCAUCGGCUGCGAUCAAGCGCAAACUCUAUGACUGCAACGACGAGGAUGAGGACGACGAAGAGUUCCUCCCACAAGUCAUCAAGACGGAGAAGUUUGCUGUAACUGCACCUUCACCCCAGACGUCAAAUCAAGAAUCUCCAAAUUCUUCGCACGAGCUCUCAUCAUCUAGCUCUGGACACCAUCGUGGGAGCUCGAGCUCGAAGAGAGCUAGAAUCGAGCGUGAUCUGGAGAUGCUUAAGAUUCGAAAGAGAGAGCUGGAGCUUUUGAAUCAGCUGGAUGAGUUGGAGCAGGGCGAGUGA